AGCAGCAUGGAGACCAUAGACACAAUGCCACCAUAGAGACCUGCCGCUGCGGUCCUCCAGCGUGCAGAGCGGAUGGCAGAGCGUUUCCCGUCUGCAUGGUAGGUCGGAAGGUCAUCAAGAUGGCGGCGUCCAUCGCAGAACAUGGAGGAAAGUGGAUCCUCUAUCAUGGAGCUCGCUCAUCAUUUUCCCAGAUGUCCAGACGGGCACUCAGUUCAGCCCCGAGCGAUGAGGAGGUGGCGCGCUACAACGUGGUGGUGGUGGGGGGAGGACACGCGGGCACUGAAGCUGCUGCAGCCGCGGCACGGUCUGGAGCCAGGACCCUACUCAUUACACACAAGGUGGCGACAAUAGGUCAGAUGUCUUGUAACCCGUCCUUCGGGGGCAUCGGUAAGGGUCACCUAAUGAGAGAAGUGGAUGCUCUGGAUGGAGUUUGUGGGAGGAUUUGUGAUCUCUCUGGGAUCCAUUACAAGGUCUUGAACCGACGCAAGGGCCCAGCAGUAUGGGGGCUGCGAGCACAGAUCGACAGGAAGUUAUACAAGCAGAACCUGCAGAAGGAAAUCCUGAACACACCGGGUCUCACUGUAACAGAAGGUUCUGUAGAAGACUUAAUCCUGGACCCCCCAGACCCCAAUCACCCUGGGAAAUGUCAAGUCAGCGGGGUCAUCCUGGCGGAUGGAAGUAAGAUUUUUGCCCACAGCGUGGUGCUGACCAAUGGCACGUUUCUGCGUGGAAUGGUGCGUGUGGGUACGGAACAUAUUCCGGCCGGACGUUGGGGUGAAGCUCCGGCUGUCGGUCUUGCACAAACUCUGGAGCGCUUGGGGUUUGCUGUUGGGAGGUUGAAGACUGGAACCCCUCCUCGUAUAUCGAAGGAUUCUGUUAACUUCAGUGCUGUGGCGAGACACGAGGCUGAUAAUCCACCUGUGCCCUUCAGCUUCAUGAAUGACCGGGUCUGGAUCAAGCCCGAGGAACAACUUCCGUGUCACUUGACCUACACGACGGCUGCGGUGGAGCAGAUCAUUCAAGAAAACCUCCACCUGAGCAGUCAUGUGAAGGAGACGAGCGCUGGCCCCCGAUACUGCCCCUCUAUUGAGUCGAAAGUCUUACGGUUUCCGGGUCGGAGACACCAGGUCUGGCUGGAGCCCGAGGGCCUGGACUCUGACGUCGUCUACCCCCAGGGCCUGUCUGUGACUCUUCCGACCGAGGCUCAGGAGAGGCUUUUGAGGGAGAUCCCUGGACUGGAGAACGCUCGUAUGCUGAUGCCUGGUUAUGGGGUGCAGUAUGAUUUUCUCGACCCUCGGCAGCUCCGCUCUUCUCUGGAGACGUUACUAGCCCAAAGACUGUUUUUGGCCGGACAGAUCAACGGCACCACUGGAUAUGAAGAGGCGGCGGCCCAGGGGAUCGUUGCAGGAAUCAAUGCCGCUCUCAGGGCCAAGGGUCGGCCGGCCUUCACCGUGAGCCGCACGGAGGGGUACAUUGGAGUCCUUAUUGACGACCUGACCACGCAAGGCACGCGAGAACCGUACCGCAUGUUCACCAGCCGCGCAGAAUACCGCAUGACUCUGCGACCGGACAACGCGGACACGCGGCUUACACUGAGGGGAUAUGAAGAAGCGGACUGUGUGUCUCGGGAGCGGUACGAACGGGCGUGUGCCACCAGACAGGCUUUAGACGACGGGCUCUCUGCUCUCCGCUCCCUCCAGUUUCCAUCCGUCAAGUGGCAGAAGCUGAUUCCAGAGGCGCAGAUCAGCAGAGCCCGUGUGAACACGCUCAGUGGGGUGGAAGUGCUGCGCUACGAUGGAGUGGAGCUCCAGACCCUCUCCAGGCUGUUUCCGGAAGCCCUGAGGAGAUUUAGCGAACGGCAUGAUAUAGCUCAGCGCUUAAAGAUAGAAGCUUUGUACGAGCUAUACGUCACAUUCCAGCAGAAAGAGAUCGCUGAUGUUCAGAGAGACGAGUCCUUGAUAUUGCCAGAAGACCUAGACUACAUGGACCUCAAUGUCACUUUAUCACAUGAAGUCCGGGAGAAGCUAUCACUGAGUCGCCCUGAGACGAUUGGUGCCGCCUUCCGUAUUCCUGGAGUGACUCCGGCCGCCAUACUGAAUUUACUAAGAUACGUGAAGUCCAGCGUCCCGUCAACAGAGGCCACUAAAGGAUCGCACAGAUGCGGAGUGGCGGGUGAUGAGCGCCCCUCCACUGAUAGCCGGGCACUGCGUCAGCGCCCCCUGUAGGAUAGCUCUGGAGGACUCCACCAUCUGCUGUCACACAUGAGGAUGACUCCAGUCACCCCUCAGCCUUGGACUCGUCGUCUUCUUCUGUCAAGUUGGUGAAAGAAACCCUGGCUAUCUUCUUUAUAUCUGUUUGUGGGAAAGCUGGGUGACAACCCAUGGGCUCCUGAACAACAGGUCCUGCAUCCGGCUGCUGCACAGCUCAGAUUUAGGAGUCAAGGAAGAUUCAGUGACAAUCACGAUGAGAGUUGUAGUUAUUUUUUAUUUAUUUUUUUACGAUCACUCAGCCUUGGACAUCUAGCUUUAUACGAUAUUCUCUAACUUAUUACUGUCGGAUUGUUGUUCUGCUUUCAGAAAUAUUUCAGUUUAAGUCUACACAAAUUUGCUAAUUAUUUUGCCUCGUAUUUCUCUAGUCACAUCCAAAGCUGCUUUCAAAGUCUUCCUUGUUGCCUUGGAAACAGACUGCAGUCUAGCGCCACCUGCCUUCAGCUUUUUGUAUCUGCUAGUUCCCUUCCCACAGUGCACACUGAUUUCUGCUUAUAGCUUUGAAUGUGAGUGGGGAAGAAUGGUUCAUGUAUCUAAAGCUGGCCAUACACUUGAGAUCCCGGUUAGAUGAAUUUACAUUAAGGUUCCGGACCUCCCCGUACACGUGCAUCGGAAGAUAGGAGUUAUACCACCGUCUGAUAUGUCUCCUGCGGUGGCUUCUCUCCCCCAAUCCUCCACUCACCACCCGCUGAUCCAUUCCUACAGGGACACGGCCUCCUUCUCUUCUAUGGGUGGGAUAUGGCUGAUUCUGGCGUGCUGUAUGCUCAGAUACGUAGACUUCUUACUUAAAUGCAGAAGAAGAGGUCCCUUGGUCUAAACUUCUCGCUCCCCGCCUCCUUCCAUCUCUCUACAGUGCAAACUGUUUCUGACUGUCACACGAGAGGACCAUUCCAAUACAUUGUGGCCUCACUGUGUGAAAGGUCCUGGGUGGACACUAGUGAAGCUGGUA